GGUCUGCGCGUGCAGCUCCCACCGCCGCGCUCGCCUCCUCCUCUCGCUCAGGCGCUCGCCGACCUGAAAGGCAAGACAGAAGCCAUCCCGUGCGUGAUCGGGGGAGAGGAGGUGUGGACGCCGACGGUGCGGUACCAGCUGUCGCCGUUCAAUCAUGCGCACAAGGUGGCCAAGUACUGCUAUGCCGACAAGGAGCUCAUUAACAAAGCCAUUAACGCUGCCUUGGCGGCGAGGAAGGAAUGGGACCUGAAACCUGUCCAGGACCGAGCCCAGAUCUUCCUGAAGGCGGCUGACAUGCUGAGCGGCCCGAGGCGAGCGGAAGUGCUGGCCAAAACCAUGAUCGGGCAGGGUAAAACAGUCAUCCAGGCAGAAAUCGAUGCCGCUGCAGAGCUGAUAGACUUCUUCCGAUUCAAUGCCAAGUACGCCCUGGAGCUGGAGAACAGCCAGCCCAUCAGCGUGGACAUCAGCACUAACAGCAUGGUGUACCGGGGGCUGGAGGGUUUCGUGGCAGCCGUCUCUCCCUUCAACUUCACGGCAAUCGGCGGCAACCUGGCAGGGGCUCCGGCGUUGAUGGGAAACGUGGUCCUGUGGAAGCCCAGCGACACUGCCCUGCUCUCCAGCUACGCCGUCUACAAGAUCCUCCUCAAAGCCGGGCUCCCUCGGAACGUCGUGCAGUUCGUGCCGGCGGAUGGGCCCGUGUUUGGAGACACC